AUGAUACGACGACAGGCAAGACAGAGGCGCGAUUACCUCUACCGCCGCGCACUAACACUUCGCGAUGCCGAGAUAGCAGAAAAGCGUGCGAGACUGAAAGCCUCCCUCGCCACCGGCAAACCGCUCGAUCCCAAGAUCGCCAAUGACAAGAGGUUACGGCAAGACUACAAAUACGACGAGUCCCGCGCCGAUCGAACCACGGAAGAAGAGCUCGAACUAGACGACGAGUAUGCUCACCUCUCCGGCGUCGUCGAUCCCAGAGUGCUCGUCACCACAUCACGGGAUCCCAGCAGUCGACUCGGCAGCUUCGCAAAGGAGAUACGAUUACUGCUACCCACCGCGAUCCGGCUCAAUAGAGGCAAUCUUGUCUUGCCAAACCUUGUCUCAAGCGCAAAGAGCAGCGGUCUUAGUGACGUUAUCCUACUCCAUGAGCAUCGAGGUACUCCAACCGCAAUGACCAUCUCACAUCUCCCACAUGGUCCGACAGCAUCCUUCUCCCUUCACAACGUGGUGCUUCGCGCCGACAUUCCCAACUCCGCUCGCGGCACCGUAUCCGAAUCAUACCCGCAUUUAAUCUUUGAGAACUUCACCACCGCACUCGGGAAGCGUGUUGUCAAGAUCCUGCAGCACCUCUUCCCACCACGAGAAGGUGGGACAAAGCUGGGUAGUCGGGUGGUGACGUUCAAGAACAUCGAGGAUUCCAUUGAAGUGCGGCAUCAUGUCUUUGUGAAGACGGGCUAUCAGAGCGUGGAGCUGGCGGAGGUUGGUCCGCGGAUGACGAUGCGCUUGUUUGAGAUCAGGCAAGGGACGGCGGAGAAUAAGGAGGGUGAUGUGGAAUGGGCGCUGACGCAGUAUACCCGGACGAGCAAGAAGAAGGAUUACCUCUGA